AUGAAAGAACAGCUAUUAAGUUUAGUGCUCCCGAUACUGAUCAUAUUGGAUUGGAGUCAGGGGAAGGUCUUCAGAGUCAGCAAGAUGGAGUGUCGAUCCUUGGAUCCAUCGUUCACCUACUUUAAGACUUGUAAAGUGGUUCACAGGGAAAACGGUCGAGCUGCUCUCUAUGUUAAUGAGGUGUUUCUCUAUAAAGAUCCAAUUGAUGAUAUCGUUCUUAACCUGGGAAUUUUUAGGAUAGUUAAAAAUCGUCGUUUUCAGUUCCUAAAUGAGACAUUGGACUACUGUCUUUUUAGUCGCCAGUAUUUGGCCAGUGGAUUUUUCGGAUUUCUGAUGACUCCAAUGAUGAGAAUCUCAAACGUGAAUGCUACAUGUCCGCUUCAGCAAAAUAUAACUUUCAAUGGCUUUCCUGUUGAUGAAAACACAAUAAAGGAGAUUCCAAUUCCAAACGGUGUUUACAUGUUCAACUUGCGAUCAUCCAUGAUGAAAAAAUGGCGGACAGACGUGAAAGUCUAUGCUACGCGAGUUAAUAAGUAUUCUGAAUAA